AUGAACUUUUCUCAGAUCUCAACGUUACCAAAGAUAAAAGAUGUGGAGUUGAACGAGACUAUCGGUAAUGGUGCUUUUGCAUGUGUAAAAACUGCUUAUUUAAAAGCUGACCCUAGUGUUAUAUUUGCCGUCAAAUUUGUACAUAUUCCUACUUGCACUCAACAAGGUCUUACGGAGAAAGAUAUCACAAAAGAAGUAGUAUUACAGUCGAAAUGCUCUGAUCAUCCAAAUGUUCUCAAGAUUAUUGAUUGUAACAUAUCUACCGAUUUCAUGUGGAUUAUUAUGGAAUUGGCAGAAGGAGGUGAUUUAUUCGAUAAGAUCGAGCCUGAUGUAGGUGUCGAUUCAUCAGUUGCACAAUUUUAUUUUCAACAACUUGUGAAUGCAGUAGUGUAUUUACAUACAGAGUGUGGUGUCUCACAUAGAGAUAUUAAGCCAGAGAAUAUUUUGUUGGAUAACAAUGGAAAUUUGAAACUGGCUGAUUUUGGAUUAGCUUCACAAUUUAAGAGAAAAGAUGGUUCACUUAGAAUAUCAACUGAUCAAAAGGGUUCACCUCCAUAUAUGGCUCCCGAAGUCCUUCAUUCAUCGCAAUAUUUUGCAGAUAAGACAGAUAUUUGGUCAAUUGGAGUAUUAUUGUUCGUUUUACUUACCGGUGAGAUACCGUGGGAAGCUCCCUUACUUGAAGACAGCAAUUUUCAGUAUUUCAUAGAACAUAAUGGUAAUAUUACAUUAGGUCCAUGGUCAAAAAUCGAUUUAAAUCAACUGAAUCUUUUAAGAAAAAUUUUACAACCAAAUCCGGAUAAUAGAAUAUCAUUGGAAAUGAUUAAAAAACAUCCCUGGUUCACAACUAAGGUACCGUUUGCAGGUUCAGAUGGACUUUGUAACGAUCCAUCUCAACUUGCAAAAAGAUUAUAUUUAAAUUUAAAAGUAUCCUUAAGCGAUGAUGAUUAUCUCCGAUCCACUCAGGAUCCUGGUUCCUAUGGGAGAAGUAACGCAGGGUUUAGAGCAACCCAACCUGUCGGAGAUGAUUACGCAGAUAUCGAACAUGAUCCACUGGCUACUGAUCAUAAUAUGUCGACUCAGUUAGCAUUUACACAGUAUAAUCAUAACCGAAUUACAGAUAAAUAUGCCCAUAAUGAACAAAAUUGGACCCAACUAUUAUCUAACGAUUUAGCCCUAUUACAAUUCAGUGACAAGUCAUUAGAUGGAUCAUUAUCAACUAAUUUGCGUUUUGAUCAUACUAAAUUAACAAAAUUUUAUUCACUGGCUAACAUGGAAGAGAUUAUAUCGACGUUAGAGGAAGCGUUAAGGUUUUCAAAUAUUAAGGUAAAGCCUAAUUUAUAUGAUAAUUUUUUAAAGUUAUCAAGUUCUAUGGGUGCUGCUUCUGUGUUUCCAGUAACUAUUAAUAUAAAGACAGACGAUUUUACUGGUUUGCUAUUAUCCGGAGUUAUUUCUAUUAACAAGGUUCAGGAGGAUUUGAAAAUAAUAAGUAUCAAUAGAAAAUCUGGAGAUCCAUUAGAAUGGCGUAGAUUAUUCAAAAAGCUUGCAUUGUUAUGUAGAAAUCUUGUAUUUAUACCGAAUUAA